AUAAUAUUAACAAUCUCAUUGAAUUAUUGUAAUCAUCUUUCCUUCUUCCUAUUUUAUAUGCUUAGAAAAAAUAUAUCCAUUUCUCUGUCGUCACCACUGAGCGAAAUGACAACUGCUUUUCCAUUAUUGAGUUCUCCCUAAAUUUCCCUUAGCUCACAUACUACGCCACCCCCACCCCCACCCUAACACCCCCAUCACAAAAACAAACAAAGUUACAAUUUUGAUUCAAAAAGUGCUAUUUACAGUUAAAUUUAUAGCUACAGAUGGAGGGUCUGAGAUUUUUGAGGAGCUAUUAACAUGGAGGAUGGCCAACAACCACCAUUUUUUAUGAGGUAUGAACAGCUAAGCUUUUGAAUAAAGAAAGGGGCCAAUAAAAAAAAAACUUGUUUUUAUAUCAUCCAGCAAGUUACUACUUGUAUUUAUUAUUAUUGUGGAGAGAGAAGAAGAAGAAGAAGAUUGAUUGUGUCGGUGCUUUUAAGAUAUUUGCUUUUUCAUUUUUAUUUAUUUUAGGAGAAUGAAAAAAAAAUUCCUUUUAAGAAAAUCAACGUAGAGUAGCCACAAACCUUUCUUCACUUCCAGCUUUUGCCUUUUUCAUGGGUAUUCUUUCUCUCUCUGUUAUUCCUCCUAGUCAAGCUCUAGAUUAUAGGGAAACAAAAAAUUUGUAAUUAAGUCCCUGUAUUUUCCCAUAAUUAUACAAUCAAAGAGAAAGAGAAGGAAGAUAUAGAGGGAAAGAGGAAGAUGGAGGUGGGUGGUGGGGGUCAAAGUCGAGGAGUUGCAAGUUCAGGGGGGUGUUGUGGCGCUAAGAGAAAAAACGAAAGGCCUUACAAGGGAAUAAGGAUGAGGAAGUGGGGAAAGUGGGUUGCAGAAAUUAGAGAGCCCAAUAAGCGUUCGCGAAUUUGGUUGGGCUCGUAUUCAACGCCGGUGGCGGCGGCGCGGGCUUACGAUACGGCGGUGUAUUAUUUACGCGGGCCUUCGGCCCGGUUGAAUUUUCCUGAGUUGUUGGGUGGUGAUGGUGGGCUUAAUGAUUUAUCUGCUGCCUCAAUUCGUAAAAAGGCCAUAGAAGUUGGUGCCCAAGUUGACGCGAUACAGAACUCACUUGCAACUCAUCACGACCACGGCCACGGCCACGACCAUCGAGAACAAAAAGUGCACUGUGAGACUGCAAGCCCGUCUGAAUUGAAGCCAUGUUGGUUUCAGGAGAAGCCCGAUUUAAACAAGAAGCCCGAGCCCGAAGACCCAGAACAGGAUUACUGGUGAGGACUGGUAAUAUUUAGUUACAAUAUUAUUACUGAUAAUAUUAGUAGUAACUAUGCUAGUGUAAUUUUUUUUUUGUUUGGGGGAAGAGGGGGUGCAUUGGUAAGAAUACAAGCGCCGCUCCAGAUUGUCUUUAUUCCUAGCUGGUAGCCUAGGAUUGUUAUAUUCUCAAAACUAUCACCUCUUUAUUUUAAUUUUUACUUUUUAAGAAAUUUUUGAGCUCAAACAGUUUUGAUGUUGUUAUAUGUAAAGGUGAUUUGCGUUAAUAUUUUGUCUAUCGCAGUUCAAAUUAUACGUUGUUUGGGCCUUGGUGGUGGUGGUGGUGUUUUGGGUGGGGGUUGGGGGGAAUGGAUAGCAAAUGGUAGGAUGAAUUAUGCGUAUUGGUCAUGUUAAAGACUUAGCCAAUUGUUUAUUAGGCGUGAAAUGAUGAAUGAUGAUUGAGGAGUGAGGAGAGCGUGUGUGGCGGCGACAGAAAAGGGGAAUGGGGUGUUAAUUUGUUACUACUUGUAGUCAAGUCUUUUAUUGUUUUAAAUUAUUUGUGUAGUGGUUGAUAUCAUGAACAGUAGAUGAGGGAAAGAUGUCUGAUAGAUUAUUGUAACAUCCGAUCGCACUACUAGUGCUACUGAAUAGUGAAAAGAAUUCUGGACCAGGUGGAUCCAAGUGGGGAACGGCCGCGGCCACUUGGAGAGGGUGUGGAUGAGGGAAACAACACUGGCCCUACAAUGGCUCGAGUUUGGUGCAAAGUGGGUAAUAUGUGAAACUUUGUGUUAUACCAACUGUGAACAAAAGUGAACUACUUUUAACGGUACUAUCCGAGUCAAUUUAAGCCCACCUUAAUUAUAUUGUCAAAUAUUCUUUUACUUCUAGUAUGGUGUUUGAGUCAAUUUAGACGCACUUGACUUGAAUAAUUUCAUCAGAUGUUAUUUUUCAUUGAUUCAAGUAUUGGAUAAAUCUGUUUAUCAAUACUUAAAUACAGUAGCAUUUAUUUAA